CCAGUUACUAGCUACGGCUACGCAACUGCAGCUGCCUAGCUGGGCUGCUGCAGAAGGGGGGGAAGCUGAGAGGAGGUGCCACUGCGGCACGCUGCGGGGGGAGUGGCUGAAGAAGCUUGUCAGAAGCCUUGAAAGAAGGAAGAGAAAAAAUUCGGGGAGUGGUUGGCAAAGGACAACCUUUUCGUUUUUUGACCCAAUUUGAGGCUGGUGGAAUUGGGGAUUCCGUUUAGGAGUAGAGGGAAGACCCUACCCGUCAGAAUUACGCCCCCUCCCCCACCGCCUCGAACCCCUGUGGCGGCUCUUACAAGUUACUAUUACUGAAGGGGGAAGUAAAAGCAUUCCCUUUUGAAACAUCUUUUUUAAUUGCAACAAACGGAAAAGGACUCGGGCGCUUGUGGCCGAUAGAAGGGAGUCCCCAGUGGCUUCAGCUCUAGCUGCUUUGUGAUAAGGUAUCGUGACAGCUCUGUUUAUUGCUGGAGUUUCGAUAAAGCCUCUGCCAGACGUGCUGGAAACUGCCUGAGACUGAGUAGUGGGGAGAGAGGAAGGGAGGGAGAAGCUUGGUCACGCAUCUCAAUCGCUCCGGGUAUGUCUAAAGGGCCAGGUUCCCUUGUCCUGGCCCCCUCUUCUUCUUUGCGUCAGUCCGUACCCCGGACUGGUCUGAGAAGCCUCAGCAGCCUCACCGACUUGGACCGGGGCAUGUCCCAGGCUCGGAGACCAAGCAACCCCGUUUCGGCUCCAGGGCCCCAGUUCCAACAACAACAACAGCCGGGUUCCUCCAACUGCGAUCCUAGUUUGAGGCCCAUUAUUCGCCGCCGGGCCCGCUCGCUCCCCAGCUCCCCUGAGCGCAGGAGGAAGCCGUCGGGGAAUGCGGGGACCCAGUGCAGACCCGGCUGCAGUCGUCAGCACCGGGUGCGAUUUGCUGAUGCUUUGGGUCUGGAACUGACUCAAGUGAAGGUUUUCAACGCCGGGGAAGACCCGUCGGUCCCAUUGCACGUCCUCUCGAGGCUGUCCAUCAACUCCGACCUCUGCUGCAGUAGCCAGGAUUUGGAGUUCACCAUCCAGUGCCUGGUUCCGGACUUCCCGCAGCCAGCAGACUGCAACGACUUCUCUACCCGGCUGCAAGGCCAGCGGGUCUGCCUGGAGCGGGUCACUAGCUCGGACUUGGGUUUAAGCGGCACCAUCCGAGUUCUUAAUGUGGCCUUCGAGAAGCAGGUGACUGUACGCUACACCUACAACUACUGGCGGACUCAGCAGGAAGCAGGAGCCCGCUGGCGCAGCAGUGAUGGGGAUUCUGAUGUAUUCAUUUUCUGCUUCCCUGUACCACCCUAUUUUCUGAGUCUCAACUCUGUGGUCCAGUUUGCGAUUAGAUACCGAGUAGGGGGGAAUGAGUAUUGGGACAACAACGAAGGCCAAAACUACAGUCUCAGGUGCCAGACCCAGUCUCUCAAAAUGCCCCAGGAAUGUGAAGAAAGCUGGAUCCACUUUAUUUGAAUUAGGGUCCAGGCUAAUUUUUAGUGGGGGCAAGGGGAAGGCAAAGCUUACUUUCAGGAAGAGUACCAUAGGUGUAAUUAUAAAAGCUUUGAAGUUUUUGUUAAUCUUGUGAACACCUUGGAACAAUUCCAGCACAUUAUUCUGGAUAUAUGGGAGCCAUAUUAGCAGAAAUUAUAAAGAAUGUUGAAAUAAGAAUGAAGGAAGGGCCAUAAUAAUGUUUGUCUGUCUUUAUUGGACUUCAUCCCAUACUCAUCUAAAAUAUAAACCAUUUAGCCAUUGGAAUAGAGCUGUAUUAUCUGUCUCCAAGGCCUACUUUCAGCAGUUUCCUUCAUCCUAAAACUAGAAACAAACGUGUUAUAGUAAAGUUUUAAAGCAUGUGUAUGUGUUUUAGCAAAUUAAUUUUUUAGUUUGGGAGACCGAUUCCUACUGUGUAAUGUGGUAUUUAUGAAUUUUAGUCCUAGUGUGGCAACUACUACCUUCAGAGAUUAGGUUUUGUUAAGUAUAUUUGUAAAGAUCAUUUCUAGCCUAGAUUUGUAGGAAAGACUCUUGAUUUUUGCAUGUGACAUAAGUGUGUCUACAGAGCUUAGAAGGCAUCGUUAGCAUUUGCGAUCUUGGUAUGCUUUCCUCUAGACAAAUGCUUUCCCAAGAACAGGGGCAUUCAGGAUUUUAACAAGGUUAAAAAAUAUGAUUAAUGUUGCUUGUGUUAUGCCGGCUAGAAACAGAAUGUACCACUUUCAGAGUAUGAAAAACGUUAAGGUACUUUAUGGUAUUCUGGACAUGUCUCCAAUCAAAUGUGAGAUCAUGUUUCUUUGUCAAUCCAUCAUUUGCAUCUCUGUAAAAGUGGAGGACUAUUAAUAGUACAGAAAUGUAAACUGAGUAACAUAACUAUUCAUGUGUUGUGGUUUCCCAUCUCAUGAGGAUCUAUAUUGCACAUGGGCAACAGCCAAAAAUAGAUUUAAAAUAUAAUUACUUCUGCCAAAAUACAAAUGUUCCUUCAGUUGGUUUUCCAUUAUAAAAGCCUAAUAAUUAUUUUUCUGCAUCUAUAUAUGUGUUUUAUCACAAUAUUCUAUUUAGAGUCAAAACUACUUGAACAUUUAAAGAAGUCUUGCCUUAAAGUAUUGUGUUUAUUUAUUCCAGAAUCCUGUUUCAGGUGAAAGAGGCAUUUACUGUUCCAUUUAUGAAGUUAAAAUGAUUUCUUUUGUUCAAAAAUCAAAGUUAUAUUAGCCACCUUUCAGAGUAAAGAUGUUACAUAAAAUUACAAGAUAUUUAUCAUCAGCAAAAACACUGGUAGUAAUAAAUCCACAGGUGUUUGUAGUUUUUUUUUAACUGCUUAAACUGUGGCAAUAUCAGACACUUGUAAAUUUUAGUUGUAAUCUCUUGUGCCUUCAGAAAAUAGAGAAUUCUAAAUUCCAAAUACUUUUUUUAGUUUUCUCUAGUUUAAAAAAUGUUUAUUAUAUAUUUCUUUCUUCAGCCCAAGGAUAGGAUGGAUAGGACAGUAUUUACUAAAACCAUACCACAAUUAUAUAAGAAUUCAUUAGACUUCUUAUGGUGCUAAGUGGUAUUCUAACAGUUAGCAUAGCAAAUUUGGUGUUAAAUUCACUAAGAUUUCAGAUGGAAAAUAUCCAGCCAACACUGUGAUUUAAAUUUUUGAGUAUUAGUUGGCAUUUGUUAAAUCAGUAAUUUCAAGAUUGUUUUUGCAAUUUAAUCUACUUUCUUUGCUUACAACUUAUAUUUAAAAAUCCAGUAGAAAAGCAAGCACUAUCUUUGUAACCUCUUGAUCUUGAUCACCUGAUUCUCUGUAUAGAAAGUGAGCUAUAGCUGAUCCUUAAAAAUUGUGCACUACAUUAUCAUGCAAGAGAGAGACAGGCCUAGUUGCAUUUCCUUUUUUACUGCCUGACUAAGCCUCUGUGGUUCUGGCUUCUGUGCAUUUAUCCCCUUCCAGAUGGGGGAGCACAAGAUAGUGGUUGGGUGGUUUUUGUAUUAUUUAUCAGUGAUUGGCUGCUAACUUUUUUGCAGUGUAGCUAAAGGACCACAGACUGUGUAAAAUUCAGUCAUAAAGAGUUCUAUAUUUGGAAAGAUAGGAAAUAUGUUAAUACGUCUUACUUAAAUAGAGCAUCUUUAGGUUUUGAUGAGACAAGCUUAAGGUGCCUUUAAAAUGAUCAAGAUUUGGAAGUUUUUAAACAUGAAAUCCAUCAACUAUUAAGACCAAAUAUGGCUAACUAAUCAAUAGAGAAGAUAUGGAACACUGAAAUGUCUUUUUAGAACAUCAAUACUAACAUCAAUUGUAUUAAAUAUAUUAGAUUUACAAUAAGUGGGUUUUCUCUGAUUAUUUUUAAUAUGGUCAUUGUUCUUUUUUUAUUUUUGCACUCAUUUUUCACUUAUUAAAAGUUUUAAUAUAUGCACAUGUUGGUUGUUAUUUCUAACAGUAUUGAGUGUAUCUUCUUUGUCAUCUUUGUAUAACUUUGGUUUAAAUUGUUUCACACAGUUUUUCUCUCUUAAAAUGCUUACCUUUAUUUUAGCAAAAAUGUGUUGGUUUUAUUCUAAAAUUUCAAUAGCCUCUUUAUAAGUAGUAUAACCUCCGGUAGAGGAGGAAUUUUUGUUUACUGGAGUAAUAGUGCUAAAUUUUAAAAAGAACAUUAAAUACUAAAGCAUAUUCAUAUAUCUUAUGUUAUUUGUUAAAGCAUAAAUGAUGGUCAUGGAUUCAGGAGAAAAAAACGGUUUUUUGCAUUUACCUUUAUAAAAUAGAAAAUAGCCAUACAAAAGAGUGCAAUUACCCACUUCAUCUUCUCUCUAACUUGGGAAGCUCUUAAAAAUUAUAUAGUUUUCAAAAGGUGUGUAAUUAAUUUUGAAACUAGUAUUUUGUUAUCUCAAAAUUCAUUAAAUAUGUAGCACUUCCCUCAGUUUUACAUCAAAUAAAAGUGUAUUUUAAAUGAUAAGUUAAUUAAAUUGUUUUUAUAGGUAUAAUGUAUAAUAUGAAAUAGCCCAGGAAAUUUUAUUAUAUAUUGAAAAUUUUUUGGCACUUCCAAUUCUUAAGUGUCAAUGGCCUAUACUCUUUUCCUCAGAAAUUAAUUUAAUUUAUACAUUAUUUAUAAUUAGUCCUAGGGGAAAUAUUUGCAAAUAUUUCAUUUAAAAUCAGGUUUUUAUAGUUUAGAAUUAGAGUAAGUAUUGGGAGAAAUACAAUAUUAUUACUUAAGUCAUUAAGAUAUUUGAGAAGAGAGAGUUAAAGCACUCCAGUGCUGGAGUAUGUUCUUGAGUCAGAUUCUCAUUGAGUAGAUAUUGGAGAUAGCUUUUGGAAUGAUAAUGAAAGACUUUUUAAAAAUCUGAAAUAGUUCGUGUUUUAUUAAAAAAAAAUUAUUAAUGUGUGAAGUUGUAUAUGUGAAAUUAUAUGUAUGAAGCUUAAUGUUUACUGAAAUAUUUUAGAGACCUGAGUAUGAUAAUUAAACUGAUAUACUAAUUGAA